UCAUUGUCAGUUCGCAUCGUACUCGUCUUUCAAACGGACGCCAUGGCACAUUCCUCUCUUUACGUUAUUGCGUGUUUCAUCCUCGCUUUAAAUUCUGCGAGCGGUCAGCUCAGCACUGUCAAUGGCAGGAUCAAAAUUACCGUCGGAACCACUGCUGGCUGCGGCGACACAGUCAGAUUCAUCAACGACCAGCUUGUCCCAGCUUACAACCAGUACGGCAACUUCUUGGACCUAGAAUUCGUGCCAUGGGGCAGAACUACAAGAAAUCCAGACGGAUCUUUCACUUGUCAGUUCGGAGUGAACGACUGCUGGGCGAACAGGCUUCACAGAUGCGCCCUAAACAUGCUGAGAGGUAACCAGACAGCUCAAAUUAAUUAUAUGGAAUGCGAAUUCACGUCACCUUUCCCUGCUUUUCGCCAAGGAAGCUACGCCUGCGCACAGGCAUCUGGACUGCGGCUCAUUGAGGUGGAUAACUGUGUUGCUUAUGGUUCAGCUGAGCUGGAUCGCGCGGCGGAAGAAGCGGCCAGACUGCCAAUGCAAGUGAUAAACUUCGUUCCUUCGAUCUCGUUCAAUAAUCAGAAUAACGUCGAGCUCCACAACCAGGCGAGGAUCAGACUGCCAAGCAUGGUGUGCUUCGCUUUAGCCGAUGAUCCCACCACAGGCGUAGGUAGUUGCACGAUUUAAUUUAUUUUAAAAAUACCAAACUUUUAUCUUACAUUAAACGUUAUAUUCAUA